AUGUUGGAGGGAUAUCCGUUGGAGAUAGCUAUCACCGCCGUGAACUCUUGUGCACAGGCUUGGUACGGCUUCGACCAGGGCAUCAUCAGUGGUAUUCUGAUCAGUACCGAUUUCAUCGACACGUUUCCACAAACCAAAAAUAGCAACAUACAGGGUAUCACAUCUAGUUGCUUUUCUCUGGGAAAUUUGGCAGGCUGCUUGGCUGCGUUUUUCUACGGUACCAGUUUAGGGAGAAAAUGGACGUUGCGAGUUGGUGCAUUGAUUAGUGCAAUUGGAGCUAUUCUUCAGUUCUCUGCGACUACAUUUCCCCAACUUAUUGUUGGACGGGUCAUCAAUGGUGUCGGCAAUGGAAUGACUAGUUCUACUUGUGGAAUUUUUCAAGCAGAGUCGAGCCGUGGAGAACGAAGAGGAAAGCUCUCCGUCAUUGUGGUACUGCAUAAUGUCAUUUUCUACUGUCUAGGAACGUGGCUUACCCUGGCAUGUUCCUUUGCAUCCGGUGGAUGGCAAUGGAGACUGCCAUGUGCACUCCAGCUUGUACCCUUUAUCGCUCUGCUAUCACUUCUACCCCUGGUCCCCGAAAGUCCUCGCUGGCUUCUCAUGCGCGAUCGGCUUGAAGAAGGCGCAGAAUCGUUGAGAAGGUACCUUGGAAAGGGGCUUUCUGUAGAUGACUUUAUUGUCAGAAAGGAGCUCGCUUCCAUACUUGGCGCUAUUCGAAUUGAAAGAGAGUCGAAGAUCUCCAUAAAAGAAGUCAUAACUCUGAAAGACCGAUCCGGCCAUCUGAAACGACUGCUACUUGGAUGUGGUGGACAGUUUAUGCAGCAACUCGGCGGCAUCAAUGCAUUGAACUACUAUUUCCCAACCAUUUUGACUGUCAAUAUCGGACAAACUGAACUGAUGGCUCGAAUCUUGACUGGGUGUAACGCUACAUCUUAUAUGAUCUCAUCCGGCUUGUGCUUUUGGAUGAUUGAGCGGUUCGGUCGUCGAUCCUUGAUGUUGAGCGGUCUUUGGUUGCAAUUUCUCGCUUAUUUGAUGGUUGCGAUUUCUGUUGCUCUUUUAUCUCAUGCCCCUUUAGAGUGGGGAGCCGUUGCAAUCACUUUCUUAUUCUUCUACUAUGCUGCCUUUGGUUGCACAUGGGGAAUGGUGCCCUGGGUGUACCAAGCUGAAGUCAAUUCAUUAGCCAUGCGUACACAAGGAGCAGCAGCAGCAACAGCGACUAAUUGGUUAUUCGGAUUUGUCUGUACCCAAUUUACGCCUACCGGAAUUAGAAACAUUGGCUACAGAUUUUACAUCAUCUUUGCUUGUUUCAACCUCAUCUUUAUUGCCGUUGUCUAUUUCCUAUAUCCUGAGACUGCGAACCGUACGCUUGAAGACUUGGAUGCAUAUUUCGAUCGUGAUUCUGGACACAAGACUAUUAUACCAAUUGGCGACAAAGUCGCGAAGCAGACUGCCCGCCCGCUUGAGGUUAUCGAGGCAGAGGCUCUCCGUGUUGCGGAGAGUAAGACAACGGACCUGCAAAAGGCGACUGCAGUGCAUGUCGAGGACGUGGAACCAUAG